AUGUCAACAUCCAAGUUAUCACCGACUUAUCAGGGCUACAUAGGGUCCACUACAGAUGCAUUAGUGGUUAUGCAGGAAGCCCUACACGGGCGGUUGGAAUUAGUACCUAGAAGACCUCACGAACGAGAACGGGACGAAUUGAUCAGGUCGGGAAACGUUUUUGUAUUUGUGGAACAGCACUCGGGAAUCAAGAGAUGGACUGAUGGCAUAUCGUGGUCACCUUCGAGAAUCUUGGGCAGAUUUUUAAUCUACCGCCAGUUGGACAAGGGCACCGCCGAGGAGAGGGACUCGAAAAAGGCCAAAAAGAGAAAAUUGUCCAACCACCAGUUUCAACUGGACCCCAUCGUUGAUCCACGCGAUCCCCACCGCAUGUCGAACACAUCCCCGCACUCUACGAACCAGACACAUGGCCAGCUGACGACCUCGUCGCAGUCGUCGUCGUCGACUUCAAUGCGGAUUCCACCAAACACUAUUCCUACUUUGAUUUCGUAUAAUCAUACAAACAAUGCGGAGUACCCGCAGGGUCUGAUGAACGGGACCUUGUCGUCAUCGUACCUCAGGAAAGAUAACGGAUUGAUCAAAAAGACGUUGUCGGUAACAACAAAGACAAAAGAUCUCUCGUUGAAAAGAAGAGACGAGAGACAAACAAUCCACUUGAUUAGCUAUUACACAAACGAAGAUUUCUUCGGUGGCAAGUUGCCGCGCCCUUCAGAGACUGAGUACAAGGAUGUGCAGAUCUACCCUACCCUCUGGGCAGCCUUGAGGGAAAGCUCGCUUGGAGGCAAAGUGCCUGUUGAAGAUGAAGCCUACUACUUUUUGGAUGGCAAUUACCAGUUGCAAAACCUGCAAAUGGCCCAAAGCGGCUUGUCUGGUCCAUUAUCUGGUCAUAUCCUUGCGGACGCCAAGUUGGGUUAUAAUAAAUACAAUAGCUUGCUGCAACAACAACAACAUCAUCAACAUCAACAACAACAGCAACUACAACUACAGCAGCAGCAGCAACAACAACAACAUCAACAACAUCAACAGCAACAGCAACAGCAACAGCAGCAGAUGAUGCAACCGCCGCUGCAAUACUAUCUUGCCGAUGCCAACUUGAUCAAAAGAGAAGAUGACGGCGGUGCCGGGAACAGCAAUGAUCUCAACUUUAUGAAUCCGUUUGUUCCAUCAACACAUCAAUCCAGCUAUCCAUUGAAUACAUAUGCACCCAACUACAACAAUACUUAUAUGCAACAACAGGUGCCAGCACAGUCGCAGUACCAACCUUCUCCUCAACAGCAGCAGUAUAACCAGUAUCUCCCACCUGGUACGUUGACGGCUAAUGCAUCCGCAAACAUGCAGGAAAUGUACCCUACUUCGCAUUAUCAAAUGUUACCUCAGCAGUCACAACUGGCACAACCACAACAGUCACAACAGGCGCAACAACUGCAACAACAACUGCAGCAGCCGUAUGCGCCCCAGACUCCUGUCAACUCAAACAUACAACAGCAGCAGCAGCAGCAGCAGCAACAGCAACAGCAACAACAUUCAGCGUCAGGUUCAGGUUCAGUUGCCGCGAGCUCAACUACUUACCCGCAAUACCAUUACGGUUCUGUGUCUUCGGACCCAUACUCGAUGGGCUCACACAACCAGAGCGGGUCUUUGAGUUCGAGCUCUAGCAGCUACUUGCAUCCUCCUUCUACCCACUCCCACCAGCAUCUGCACCUGCAACUGCAUCCAUCAUUGUCAUCGACAGCCAACACAAGCCUCCACAGCAUGCCUACUCGUAAAUUGGGUAGCAACAAGGGGAGUAUUGACAGCACUAGUGGUGCAAACACCAAUAGCACAGGCAAACUCUCCAGCUUCUCCAACAUGCCCUCUUCAUCUUCAUGGUAUGCUAGCCCUCUGGGCUAUUCAAACUCAGCUCCAGGGUCUACAAACACAGUUGCAACAAUGAACGAGACAUAUAAUCAGCACCAACAGCCUUCCAACUCUUCAGCUGCGACAACAAACACCAGUCACAGUAACGCGGAUUCGUCCACGUCGUCUGUAUCAACGGGUUCGUCUGCUUCAUCAUCAACUUCAAUUAUCCCCUCAGUCAGUGUCAACUCGACCAACUCGGUCUUGAACACGGCCGGGGAUUCUCAAUACACUCACCAUGCGUCAAACUAUUAUAACCAACGCCAUCACCCCAACCAACAGCUGAUGUACCAUCUGCAACAGCAGCAGCAGCUGCAGCAACUGCAACCACAACUGCAACCGCAACUGCAACUGCUGCAGCUGCAACUGCAGAACAAAUGGAAUGGAAGUGCACUAAGUACACUGGCAACUCCUGGACAUGGAGGGAUUCCAGCAACUUCUUCCGCUGGGAGUGCAAAUUCGACUGCAAACACUGGUGCAGCUAAUGACGGCCAAGUCCUGGCGACGCAAGUGCAGCUGGCUGGCAACAGCGGCGGCGGCGGCGGCGGCGGUGGCGGCAGCGGCAUACCGGGAUUGACAGGCUCUUACUACCCCACGACUACAUGA